AUGUCUGGCAUAGUCUACUCAGAGCUCGCGAAUUGGGACGGCGGCUACUCCGUCUCGGGUUCCCAGGCUGGCAACACGCGCGAGCCCACUGGCAGUGCCGUCUCCGACUCAGGGUCGCCUGCCCCCGCCUCGGAUCUGACGUCGGCUCUGGAGACUGCCUUUGCUGGUCACGACGUCUCUGGCGCGAGCGAGCUUGCUCCUGUGGUUUCUGGGUCGUCCUCUGCUGCAACUAUCUAUCCGGCGCAUCCCCAUAGCGGGCACGGGGCCACAGAGAGGAUGUCACCGCAAGACGCCCGGAGGAGCGGAGGCUUUGCAGCACAGAACGGGAGGCUAGACGCUGCGAAGAAGUUCCCUACCUCACAGCCUGUAAAUCCACCCACGACACUACACUCAUUGCUGGUUGCGUACGGCGCAGGCCCAACGCCACGCGAAACCCCUGCAAUCUCUCCCCCCGCGGACGGGUCCCGCGACCCGGUAAUAGAGGACGACGUCAGUUCGCUACUCGAUGCGGAUGGCGAGACCGAUCACGAAAGUGCGGCCGAGGUCUUUACUGUCCAUGUGCCCAAAGAGCCACGUUUAUCCGGUUCCACCGCGGGGAACGACGCGACUCACUCCGACGCAAGGGCUUCGACCGAGUCUACGGCGAUGGUUGACAGCCGUGCCGCAAGUUGGGAACACCCAAUGAAAUCCACUGCCGGGUCAUACUCAGCUGAAUUCCUGGAAGCCUCCCAACAUUACUAUGUCUCUCGCUCGCCUUCGGUACAGAUCAUUGAAGCUCCGCCUAGUAGUCAACACAGCGCUGCGGUAGCUCCUAGUGCACCUACAGUACCUCAGAGUGUAACCAGCCACCACCAAAUAGCAUCGACGAACAGGGGCCAGAGCUCGAUCAGCCGCAGGAGCCCCUCCGUGAUCUCCCUGAGUUCCCUCACCACGCCUACAUCAUCGCCUGUUUCAUCAUCGCCUAUUUCUGUGCGCACUCCGCCUGCGAAAAGAAGGAGGCUCGAUUUCUGUUACGUCGAAGUGCCCCGAUUGCCCUCAUCUAGGCGCCACUCAAUAUACAAGCUCGCCCGCGACAUACCGAUUUUGCAUCGCGCGGCUCCAGAGGAAGACUAUGCUACACAGCUCCAGCGAGCCCUGAAUCAGGCUUCUGCGACCAAUGCGGCCUUGAUGAAUUACUCUCCCUCUGCGAGCCGCGUCGAACGUCGUGCUCUGCGCAACAGGUCAACUGUGUCGGUGUCCCCCACGAAGAGUGCUCCGCCCAAGCCCAAAACUCUGGCUAGCUCGUCACCAACAGUGCCCAAGAAACGCGGUCGUCCACUGGGAUCGAAGAACACGCCGAACACCAAGCUAAAGCUGAAGCCUACGCCGAAGGUCGAGCAAAGCGAAGCACAGAAGGAGGAGGAGGAGGAAGAGGAGGAAGAGGAGGAAGAGGAAGACGAGCACCGCCCAGCAGACGUCAUGGAGCCGCAUUUCCCUUCCAUAGGCGUCGACAUCGGAGGGCUGCCUACACCGUCGGAGGCUCUGCUCUUCGUGACAUUCCGGGGAUUAUUCCUGGCUCAGCGCGAUCGGGACGCCCGUUUGGCCACCCCUCCUACCUCUCUCAAGAAAGUCGUCGCCCCGAUCACAGAGAGCGCCCCUCGUCCGCCGAUACCAAGACGUUCACUGUUCCGGCGGACUUCGUCUGUUCCCACUUCGCAACCAUCUGACCCAACCGUUUCUUCUUCUCGUGUAUCUCCACCCAUGUCUUCUCCCUCUGUACAACCUCGUCCCCGCACCCGAUCACCAUCUAUCGCCGCGCCACAAGUCCAGUCUCUCGAACAGGAGCCGGUGCAUCCAUCUGCACCCACAUCUCCCUCCUUGCCGCAUCCACCCGCAUCGGUCGUCGCAUCUAGUCGCAGUGGAGAUGGCAAUGGUCUAGACAUGUUGGCAGACUACACCUCCUCUCCACCACCGGACGCAUUCUCUGCUUCCAGCCUACCAAGCGAUGACCCGAGCGCCCACGCCCCUGUACGCCCGCCAAAUUCUUCGAGCCUUAGCCCGGAGACCCAGCAUCGCACCUCGCAGACAGGUAUCAUGCACUUCCAUCACGCGUCACAGUACUCCGUCGCCGGUCCGUCAGGUGUCGCCGACAUGUUCGCGGCGGACAAGGCGCUCCGCGACGCGCACAACGGGUACGGCGACAUGCCAUCGGCCGAUGGCGAGUCCUACUUCGCCGCUAUGGACCUCGAUAUUCACUACGAGAGCGGCGGAGCGGGCCAUCCGUGGCAGCCCGACGCGGAGCCACACGUCACACACGCGAACGGCACUAUCGACCCGUCGUUACUCGGAGGCAUCCUCGGUCCGCCACCGCAUCCGCAGCCACUCUCGCCUUCACCACCUCCGGAAGCACCAGUCGCUGGACCUUCCAACACCCAUUCGGUAGAACGCGCGUCACCUGCAACAUCGUCGCAGUCACGGUCGAGGUCAGGCACGCCAAAGCUCACGCGUACGGGGUCGACGUCAUCGGCCGAGUUCGACUCUGACGCGCGACAGCCGCUCUCGCUCAAGCGGAAGCGGUCGCAGCCACAGCUGCCGAUCCGGCUUCCGUGCGAGGAGGAGCGCGACGAAGGGAAGCGGCCACGCCGGCUCACGCAGCGCGCGCUGGCGUCGUACUACGAAUCGGCGUCGGAUGGUACGCCGGACAUCGAGCCUGUGCAGAAAGCCCAGGGCCCCGGUAAGGGUAAGGGCAAAGGCAAGGGCAAAGCAAAAGCCGCGGGGAAGGGAAAGGGCAAGGAGAAGGCAAAGGAGACAAGCGUACCCCCUGGCGAGGAGCCCUCCUUCAGAGACCUCGCGGAGGCGCCGACCUUCUGCCACCAGUGCCGCCGGAAGACGAUGCGCGAGAAGAUGCGCUGCACCGUGAUCAGAAGCUCCGGCGACCCGUGCGGCCUCCGCUUCUGCGACCACUGCGUCGAGAUCAGGUAUCCCGAGAUCGAGUUCAACCCGUACGCCGUGCGCUUCAACUGUCCGCGCUGCCAAGGCAUCUGCAACUGCACCCAUUGCUGCGCACGCCGCCAGGAGCCGUACAUCUCCGCGCGCAUCGGGAAGCUGCCUCCCUCCGGCUCCGCCGAGGCCCUCGCGCUCACCGCGGCGGCGGCGGCGGCUGCGACAGCGUCGCCGACUAAGCAGGGUGCGACCAGGGCGUCUACGGCAAAAUCGAAGCUUGGGCUCGUGGGCGGCGAGUACUUUGGUGUCAUCUACGGCCUUACGGGCGAACGCGUCGGCGCGGGCUUCGUUGGGUCGGACAACCAGGGAAUCGUGUUUGGAGGCCGUCAGCAAAUCAAGGCGGUGGCAUAUGUUGGAAAGCCUCGCAAGGGCGCUGCUUCCUCCGCUCGCCCCGCCCCACAGGUGGUCGGCGCUCCUCCCGGCGACAGCGCAGGCGUCUCACAGGCCAACGCUCAACCUCCACACCCAUCUGGCGCAUACCUUAGCGUCUCUACCAGCUCCGUUCCUCUCGGUGACCCCCCCGACCCGUCUGCAUCUUUGACCGGAACUCAGCACAUGCCUCCCGCCCCCGUCGGCAGCGUCCCGCCGGCGCCUCCCCGCAGGAUGUUCGUAGGGAACCGUGCAGCCCUGGACAAAGGCAUGUACGUCCCGAUGGAUGUGCUUAUGUCGAUGAUGGACGCGGAGCAGGAGGAACAGCACGCGCAGGAUCGCUCGCAAGAAUGGGCCGCCCCGUCGUCGGACCCAGCGCAGGGAGACGGUCCGUCGAGCGACUCGCAGCACGCGCAGGGCGCGAACUCUGCGCCGCCCUCGCACGACGAGGUGCAGUGGGCGAUCGCGCUGGCUUUGCACGCGCUCGAGGUCGAUGCGGCGCAGAGCUGAGCUUGGUUUGCGUUCCGUUCUUGCGCGGGUAGUAGUAUAGUGUACGGUGUUUUUGUUUGUGGGUAUUAUAGUCUAUACAUGGCCGGACGUUUGGCCUGUUUUGUCGAUGUUGUACAGCUCUUUGGUAAUAUCUUGCUUAUGCCGCAUGUAAUGUCUCCUUUGUAAUGUACUUUCAGUCCG